AGAGAGCAGGUGCCUGGAGGCUCCCUCCAUCUAAUUGUCUUUCCCCCUCACGCUGCUGCCCUCGAUAAUAAAUGUUAGAGGACUCCCAACUUGUGGACAUCUCUCUUGCUGUCAGUGAACUUCUGUUUCAUGGCGCACAGCUCCCAUCCUGGAGUCAACCAGAUCGAUCCCGGAACAUUUUUCAAGGAAGAAAGACACCGUUUCAGUUUGGCAGGAAGUGUGUAUUCCUGAGGGAUCUUGUCAAGCAGAUGGUUCCAAGCAGGUCCAUGGGAGGGGACAGAAACCUCACGUCUGUGACCAUGUUUGUGCUCCUGGGAAUCUCAGAAGAUAAAGAGAUGCAGCUUAGUCUCUUUCCAGUCUUCCUGCUGAUCUACCUUGUGACAUUAUUCUGGAACCUGGGUCUCAUCACCCUAAUCAGGAUGGACUCCCACCUGCACACACCAAUGUACUUUUUCCUCAGUGCCCUGUCAUUUAUAGACAUCUGCUACACUUCUUCCAUCAGCCCAAGGAUGCUUGCAGACCUCUUCAAAGAUGAAAAAAUGAUUUCUUUCGUUGCUUGUGCCACCCAGUGUUUUGUAGCUUCCUGGAUGGGUCAGACUGAGUGUUGCCUCUUGGCUGCCAUGGCCUAUGACAGAUACGUGGCCAUUGGCAAACCUCUCCAGUACUCGACCAUCAUGGCACCUGGGCUUUGUUGGAAACUGGUCGCUGGUGUCCUUGGGUGUGGUUUUAUUUCAACCUUAAUUGAAGUAGUCACUUGCUUUGAGAUGUACUACUGUGGACCAAAUGUCAUCCAAAAUUUCUUCUGUAACUUAACUGAAAUUUCAAGCCUUUCUUGUUCUAAUCCCUUCAUCAGUCAAAUGAGUCUUUUUCUGAUAAUGACUUUUGUUGUUUUAGGUUCUCUGGUUAUAAUUUUGUUAUCUUAUGCUUUCAUUGUGGCUUCCAUCUUGAAAAUAUCCUCUGUCAAAGGUAGCACCAAGGCCUUCAACACCUGUGCCUCCCACCUGGUGGUUGUGACUCUCUUCUUUGGCACAGCCUUGGCCGUGUACUUGCAUCCUAGUUCUGGCCACUCAACGAAACAGAACAGGUUUCUGUCCGUGUUCUAUGUUAUCAUUAUUCCCAUGUUAAAUCCUUUCAUAUAUAGUCUUAGGAACAAGGAGAUCAAAGAUGCACUCAAGAGAGUGCUUAAGAGGACAACACAUUUAUCUCAUUAAGAGUAAUAUUUGUAUGUUACAUGAACAGAAAAAGAAAAAAAUAGGAAAACAAAACAAAAAUAAUAUGGCCAUUUAUUUUCACUCCUAGCAAAAGACAGAGUUAAGAAUCUGUUAAGUGUCAUUUUGUGGGUCAUAAGACUGUCCAGCCUAGGUAUGGAGUCUGGCUUCUGUUUCCUUGUGCUCUUAUGCCUAGUGGUCGCUAUGCAGGGAUCUUUCUCAGCAGCAGCUCCAACAUGACAGGCAGCUUGAAAGCCCGUUUCCAUGAUUAGAACCAUGUAGAUAAACCCUGUGUUGAGAACAGAAGGUGUGAUAGAAAUUGUAUGUAGAGAAAUUAGAAGAACCUAGGAAGACACACAAACUAUUCUUUCUCCCUUGAAUUUUUUUUAACUUAUUUGCAUAUGUUUUUCAAUUAAGAAGUGAAAGAUUUUUAAGUUCCAUACUGACAUUCAAAAAUUGGGAAAAUGAACACAUUAUAAACUGAAUCCUGGAAAGUGAGGGAGGAUGCAAGAGACAUAGAGGGAGAAGGAGAAGAAGAAAACAGUAGGAAGCAGCAAGAGGAAAGAGAAAGCAGGAAUAGAAGGAGGAGCAUUGGAAGGAAGAGGAGAAGCAGGAGGAGAUGGUGAAAAUGGGUCUUUUUUAUUCCCCCCAACCUGUUUCCUCUACCUUAUUCUCAAGUCACCUUUAAAAUACAAUUGUGAAAAAGAGAUGGAGGAAAGGAAGAGAACAUUUAAAAAUAAACAUCGGGGAAACACUCAGAGGCUGGAAAGAGGCCAGAGGCAUCAUUUUCUGGGCACAGGUGCACCCGGCCCAUGUUCUGUGGAUGCUUCCUAGAGACUCAGACUCAGAAAUGGUGGGCGCCAUGUUGUGUCUACAGAUACAGAAUGGAGUCCGAGUCCCCAAAUAUCCAUGCAUCCUGGGAUUCCAGGGCCUUAGCUUUGACCAAGAAGCAGAAGAUUCAGCUGACUUUGGGGGGGACACAGAAAAUUGGAGUCCAACCAGAGAUCUUAUAGAAAAUUGACUAAGAGAUUAUUUUAUUUCUAGACAAGAGUUCAUAGACUAAGAGUCAAACAUAUUGCAAUAGUAUGUGUACAACAUUUAGAUUUCGUGUACCUCCAAGUAUAAAUGUAAUCUCUUUAGGUUAUUCACAAAGUGAGAAAUAAUCUCCCUGUUUCAGGUAGAACACUGGGAAUAUUGAGUACACCAUGCUCUUCACAGGUAGCAACCAUCCAAGAUGAUCUUUGUAAAUGAUGUCUUUGAAGCAUUGGCAGGUGGGAUUGCAGAGACUAAAGAAGAUGUGGUUAAAAGAAUCUAUUCUUUAAUUAUCAAUCUGCAAUUAGUAAACUCAUCUCUAACACACGUUGUAGACAGGUGCCCUCAUGUAAGCUACACACACACAUAUUUUCCUUAUCUCUGCAAUGAGAAGAAGAAUUGCAUCUUCCUCAAAAAUGACACAUUAUUUAACUGAGAAUAGGCAUGUAAAACCUUAGCCCAGAGUCUGGUAUAUGGUCAUAGUUAAUGAAUGUUAACUUAUGCAAUAAGUGAUUAGUCAUUUUGAAUUAUUCAGUUUCAUGUAUGUAAAGAGAAAUCCUGGUAACUUGCUAACAAGAGACAGCAUAAGCCUCUUUGGAAUAUCUACUCAUAAUAGUGAGUAAAAAGCCAUUACUCCCACCUCUGCAGUUCAUUGAACAAGGAAGCAGUCCUCAGGUGAAUGGAAAGAACUCAAGUUCAUACAAGUGACCACAUGUGGAGAUGUUACCUCGGUCUGAAAUCUACUACACACAUGGAUCCUUGACUUUUCCUUCUGACCAUUUUUUCUCCACCUUCCAUUCUGUGGACUCUACUUCAUUAAAGCUCCUGUCUUUCAAUUUACUCUUGGUAGUGAAUGUUAAGUUAUCCUAAUGUCAAAAGUCACUGGACCAAAACAACUAACAAAUAAACCAUAAAUAAAA